AUGUCAGGCUCUCGUCCUGCCCGCUUGCCACCCAUCAGAACCCCUCGAGACGGCUUUGACUAUCGACGACCAGCGGAGACUAGACCUCAAGAUGGUGAUGUAAUUGAUCUGACGAAUGAGCCAGAGACUCCCCCACAGCGUAAUCAACAUCGCAACGAGAACCGUCCCUCACACUCUUCACGACUCCCACGAUUUGGAAGGAACAUCAUGGCCGAGGCAGAUAUCGUCGAUCUGGAAGACGAGCCGGACAACGCUGGAGAGGGCCCUUCCAGCAGCCCAGAGGUUCAGUUUGUCCGAGCUACAGUACGGCAACAACCGCCUCCACGAAGAUGGGACCCCGUCAGCCUCCUCCCGACCAGCUUUCCGUUGAGCCGAAGACCCGUGGAGAUGCCCCAAUGGACGAGACUUCCGAGGCCACAUAAUUUUACAGCUAGCCAGUUGGAUGCUCUAUUUAUUGGCUCUAGAGAGUCCAUGCCCACCAUGAGCUCGUCUGAGGCUUUCCUGGACUACGCUUUGUCCUCAUUCUCUAUGGAGCCAGCCUCGGGUCGACAAGAAGAGAGACGCCGACGUGAUGCAUACAAACCACCCAGCCCGGCACCGAAAGGGUUCUCACGCACAUUAGGUGACGAUGAUGUUGCAAUCUGCCCUAAUUGUGACUGGGAGCUAGGAACCGGGGAUGGAAAGAAGCAGGAGAUUUGGGUUGCGAAGCAGUGUGGCCACGUAUACUGCGGUGAAUGUGCAGAGAACCGGUCUUUGUCCAAGGCCAAAAAGACACAGGGAACCCCAAAGACCAAGCCUUUCUCCAAGUGCCAGGUCGAGGGCUGUGGUAAGCCAGUCAGUGCACCAACAGCCAUGCUUCAUCUUUACCUAUGA